GCGCGGACCUCCGGGGGGACUGUGAGUCUAGGUACCCGUUUGGCCUACGCCUGACGUGGUAUCCGAGGAGCCCAAGCCUCCGCUUUGCCCGCCGUGCGAGGGGCGGGCGCCUCUCCCGGCAGCGGCCCCCGAGCGCUGCCGCCUCUGCCCGAGUUUGCCGGUCCUCACAGGGACCCUUGAGGUCGGGACUGUCGCCCUCUCGAGAGGGUGGGCAGCGGCACGUACGUGCAUUGGCUGCGCAGGGCCGCCACCCGGGACAGAGCUGGGACCCGGUGCGGGCGCUCUGGCUCCGGGAGCCCCGCGUUCACUCCCAGGCCCCGCGCCGCGCGCGCCUCUGGCAAUUUCGGGGCCCGACAGGCGCCGUCGGCCGCUACCCUGGAGUCGGAACGAGAAAAUCACUAGGAGACCCGAAGUGAAAAUGACCACCCUGCGUCCCCAGGGCUUGUGAGGGUCCAGGCAAAGACUUAGGAGGCCUGCUCGCCUAGGCCAUGCAGUCACCCCCAAAGGGUGUGCUCACCCAGGUCACUCAGCUCUGGAACCUGCUGGAUGAUCUGGCCGAAAGUAACCCCGAGAGCUAUCGGAAGUUCAUCGAGCAGCAGCUGGCCCAGGGCAGCCGGCUCCCGGCCGAGCCAGAACCGCAGCUCUGUCUACAAACCAGGAUCCUGAAACCAAAAGAAAAAGUACUUUUUAUCAAUCUGUGUCAGUGGAAAAGGAUCCCAGCUCCCCAGUCAACCAGUCAUCCAGUACCUGUAAGUGUGGGGAGACCAGAAGAUAUAUCUGAGGCACCAGAUGUUUAUACAGUUAUCGAUGUUGCCUACAAUCCUGGUGUUCUCCAGGCGGCAGGAAAGGACCAAGGGAAAAAGGAUCAGUUAAUACGAAUGGCCAUGCAAUGCAUUGAGGAACAACUCCAAUAUACUCUCUCAUACUCUUACCAUAUUACCAAAUCUAGAAUAAAAGGAAGUAUUCAAAGAAUGAAACACAAUCUGAUGGGAAACCAAGCUGACGCCACAGAUUUGAGAGGGAAAAUGAGAAAGGAACUAACCCUUGAACAGAUAAGAAGCAGUACUGUGAGCAAUCCUCAUCACUUCCCACAACUUUUACUACCAAAAGAUCAAGUUUCAAGCAAAGCAGGGUGUCUGAUAGAAGAGAUCUCCAGCAAAGACAUCCAGGCGGAGAUGAAGAAACCAGCUCAUGAAUUAAAAAUUGUGGUGGAUCAGAAUGAGAAGCCUCUGAAAAUUGAAUUAAAAGUUGAAUUACCUGGUGUUAAUUCAGUAUCUCUCUGUGAUCUUAGUGUUUCUGAGGAUGAUUUACUGAUUGAGGUCUCUGAGAAGUACAGAUUACAUCUGAAUCUUCCAGAAUCUGUGGAUACUGAAAUGACGACAGCAAAAUUUAUCAAAGAGAAAGCUACAUUAAUUGUCACAAUGCCAUUGGCGUGAGUUAAGCACACCAUGACUGGUUUUCAGUGCUGAAGUCACAUGAAUUACAGGAUCAUCAUUUUGGGUGAAGAAGUAGUGAUUUAUCUUUUAAUACCAGAUUCAGAUUUUCUGAGAUCCUUUUGAUGUAAUGAGAUUUUCUCAUCGCUGUUAUAUUUUUUUAAAUCUCACUCGACAUCAAGCAGAAACUACUAAAAACAAUAUUGCCAUGACAUAUUUGAACAUAUUUGUAAUAAUCUUAAAAACUAUUAUUUGGCAAAAUUCUGUUUGUUUCUAAGUAAUGUGAGAAUUCUCAGUUUACUGGUUGAUAAAAAUUUCUGUCUCUGGUAAACUGUUAAUCAGGAAUAAAUCCCAGAGUGUGCAAGAGUUAUUGCCAAGAUUGGAAAGUUUCCUCCAGCAAUAAAGAUACAGGGCCAAUGUAUUAAUAUGCAAACCUGUACUUCUCUGAACCUCUACGGCGCCUCUACAGCAGCGGUGGCAGGAAUCCAAGGCAGACCUUCUGUGUUGUAUGGACUCACCAGUGGGCUGCAUACAGGGAUGCAGUUACAGGGAUUAGGUCUUACUGCCAUGAUGCAGGAUAUAUCCAAGUCUAAGAAAAAGGAGUUUACUUUGGGACAAGUGCCUUUUUAAGAGAAUUUAAAUAUACAGACAUGAGGUACUUUUCAACUCCCAUUCAUGUCAGAUAGGUUGUUCAAUAGAAAAGUAACAACUUUCCUUUAUAUCCCAAAUAAGCAAUGUUCACAUCAAACCUUAAACAUCCCUUGUCUUUUUCUACAUACAAAACAGCUUCCUUGAAAUUCUAGUUCAAGAUCUUAAAGUCAUUUAAAAAUUUUAACUCUAGAAACUAACGUUAUAUGUGCAAGAGAAAUAAUUGAUGUGUGACAUUUAAAAACAUGUACUUUUCUUAAAA